CAGCGUCCAGCAAUCAGCCAGAAACGUUCCAAGCAUCGUUCAGUCAUUAACCAUCAUGGGCAAGUUGAUCGUCCUGCUUAGCUUCACCCUUGCAGUCCUUGCCCAGGAGGAGCUCGCCAAACCCGUCUACAAAUACCGCUACGCUACGGAAGAUGUGAUGAACACCGCCGCCUCCACCAUCCCCAUCCAUGGCUACCACGUCGUGGAGGGUGGCUACUACCCUGGAGCCAUGGGCAUGGGAGGAAUGGGCCUUGGCUAUGGCGGCUACGGGGGUGGAAUUGGCAUGGGCGGAGCUGGGAUGAUGGGAGCCGGUAAAUUCAUUGGAGGCAUGGGAGGAGCUGGAAUGAUGGGAGGAGCAGGACUUGGGGGAGCUGGACUCGUUGCUGCACCUCUCCUCCACCACGGAUACGGCGGUGAAUUCAUCGACAAGAACGUCUACAGCGGCGAAAAGAAGAACUUGAACGAUGAAGCUUUCGAAAAAGCGAGCGGGAAGAAAGGCGAAGAGUUCAAUGCUGGGAAAGAAGGUUUCACGAAAGGAGUUGCCGCAGUGAAGAACAACAAGGGCGAAUCGGCCUAUUUCAACGAUGCCAAAGGUGCCAAGAAAAUGGCUGAAGACGGUAAAGCUUACUACGGAGGUCAACACUUCGACAAAGAAGGGAAACACGGUGGUCAAUUCAACGAGAAGAAAGGGCACAAGAAGGGACAUGUCAUCAAAGGGUUCAAAUCCUCGCACCAUAAGGACGAAACCGGCAAAACCGAAGAAUUCUACGAUGAGGAGAAUGACGAAGGUGCGAAACUUAACUUCAACGGAGAAGCUGGAAGCUUUGGCGAGAAAGGCGCUUCGCAAUUCAAGGGAGGUCACGAAGCUGGGGAAUUUGCCGAAGGAGCUGCCAAGAAAGCAGGACACUUCGAUAACGAACACUUUGUUGAUAACAGCAAUGCUGGACAUGGAAACUACGGGGAGAAGAAAUAUGGAGGGAGCGGGUCUGUCUAUGGUGUUAAUAAUGGUAUUGACCAACAUAGUUUGUUGGGACACCAAGAAAAUAGCAAGAUCUACAAACAUUUCCCACACCAUGUGCCGUUCUACUGAUUUUAGAAACUGGGUUCUAGAUCGUAAAUAUUUAUUUUAUGUUACCAUAGAUUAUUUUUGUCUUGUCUCUUUUAUAACGAAUGCCAUGACUUGGUCCAAUGUUCUUUUUAUGAUACUUAUGUAUUAUUUGUAUAUUGUAUAUAAUAUAUACUUGAAGCAAUGAAA